AUGGAGGGGGCGGCACUCCAUAAGGUGCCAAGUGUGGAAGGGCACCACUCGGCACUCCCCAGACCGGUGGUGCAAACGGCGGCAUCCCGGGCAAGACCGGAGCAGGUGUCGCCGGCGGUGGUGGCAGGAGGGGCUGUUGCCUGUGCACCGGGAUGGUGGCAGGACCUUGGGGAGCCACCAGAGCAGGUAGUCGGACAGGCGCAGGCUGAGCCAGCGGCGGCAGGAGCGGUUGCCCCUGCACCGGAGCAACAAAAAGCACUUGAACAGCCGUCGCGGCAGGCAGUUGAACUGGAGCAGGCUGGAGCAGCUGGGCUGGCACUGCCACGAUGGCAGCAGCGCCCUGAGCAGGCACGGAAACAGACACAGGUUGUCCUAGUACUGGACCCAUCACAGGAGCAGGAGCGGCUUGUUGUGCCUGGACGAGGGCUGCCCGGAGAUGCCCCAUGCUUUGCUCUAUUUGGUGCAACUUGCUUGCGACCCAGUACUCCUCGAAUCUCUACCGAAUCCCACGCCUCUUCCAAACCUGAAGCGAUCCGGCCACGCCUUCGUGGGCUUCUGGAGGGAAUCGGCUACUUCCAGACGAAGCCGCCGAAGCAACUGAAUACAUUCUUGCAGCCAGAGAAUUUCAUCCUGAUUGGAUUUUCCAGCUUCCCAGACUUGGUAGCCCCACUGUUUGUGGUGUUCUCCAUCAUGUACUUGGCGAUUUUGGCUGGAAAUAUCAUUAUAGUCACGACGAUAAGGCUUGAAUCCGCCCUCCAUAUCCCCAUGUACUUCUUUCUUUGCGCUCUCUCCCGUUCUGAAGUCUGCUACACAUUUACCAUUGUCCCCAAUAUGCUUGUAAAUCUUUUUUUUUUAAAGCCAUCUAUUUCAUUUGUUGGCUGUGCCACUCAGAUGUUCUUGUUCCUGGGCUUUGGGAGUACAAACUGCAUGCUUCUUACAUGGAUGGGAUAUGACCGCUAUGUAUCCAUUUGUAAACCUUUGCAUUAUGCUGUUUUGAUGAAUCAGAGAUUCUGCACUAAACUGGUUGUCUUUUCAGCAACAAGUGGUUUUUUAGUUUCUACACUGUACACCUAUUUCAUAUUUACCUUACCAUUCUGUGGGCCAAAUGUAAUUCAUCACUUCUUUUGCGAUUUGGCACCAUUACUUGUGUUGGCCUGUGGCCGAAAUUAUGUCGGAGAAAUUAUCAUUUUUCUGCUUUGCUUUCUGGUGGUUUUUUGCUCAUUCCUGCUGAUUCUUCUGUUGUAUCUUUUAAUCUUAAACACAAUCCUGAAAAUCCCCACCACAGAGGGGAAGCGCAAAGCCUUUUCAACUUGCGCCUCCCAUCUCAUUGCGGUGGUUGUGCCUUUUGGAUGUGCUUCUGUUAUUUACCUGAGGCCGCAAUCCAGGUACACGUUGAAUGCGGACACUUUUAUCUCGGUCACAUACACACUGGUGACCCCGUUGCUGAAUCCUGUUGUUUACAGUCUGAGGAACAAGGAUGUCCAAAUAGCACUCAAGAAAUACUGGGGAGGAAGAACAUGCAUGCGGAAGGUGUGA